CAUUCGUUUGCAUCCACUCGAGCCGCGUGGUUGUGUGUUCUCGAUUGUACGCACUCCGGUAACUGGGCGUCUCUUCGCGCUGUUGUGUUGUUUUCGAACAAAGUACGAACUGAGCGCGGCAGCAUUCAGAUCUCGUCGUCGCGGUUGUUGUACCAAAGGUGUGUGUGCGAGUGCGGGCGACGGGUUUGUUGUCUACGACAGGAGUUGUGGCAUUUUUUUUUUGUUUGGCACACGCGAAGUGGUUGUGGUUUCGGGGGUCCAGCGUGCAGCAUCCGUGUUUUGAUCGGUGGCUGGUUGAUUGUUUCGAGAAUUAGUUUCAAUUGCUUCGGUGGAGUGUGGGUGCGUUUUGUGACCGAAUAUAUCAACGGAAGUGAUAAAAUUAUAGUCGAGUUGACAUGAUUCGUUAGUGAUAAUAACAUUUAUUUUAUUGUUGAGAAAGUGUCAUCCCUUCUCAGGCAAAUGAAGUGAUAUAUCCCUGCGUACCAUGCUUUGUUUGUGCGAAGUUAAUGUGCUAGCCUGAUUCUCCCGUAUAGAAAGUAGUGUUCAGACUCGUGAACAAAGAGAGGUCGGAGAACUGGAUAGCUGCUCGUACAACUCGGUACAACUCUUCAAACGGAAGUAGCAGAAGCGAGCGGUGGUGAAAGCACACAGGAGCAUCAUCACGAGAGAGUGCGACAGCGAACUGAGGUGGCUGCCCUGAGGCGAGCGUAAAAGUCAGCUGUUUUCAUCUUGCCCAGGGUAAACAAGUGAAACGACGAGCGGGAAAACAACUCGGCAUCCAGGAUUCGACGCUGGAUCGCUAGACUAUGGCCAGGCAUGACGCCGUUGAAACGUACGGUCAACCGCUAAAAUUCGAUCCCGACUUCAAAGGGCCACUUUCAAAGCGAUCGUGCACGGAUAUUCCGUGUUUGUUGCUGUUCGUCGCGUUCCUCGUGGGCUGGGGUGCAGUUGCUUAUUAUGCCCUUCGCAAUGGCGACCUGGAUCGGCUGCUGGUGCCGACCGAUUCGAAUGGGCUCAAAUGUGGCGUUGACAGUGAGGUUCUCAAGGAACCCUAUUUGGUGUUUUUCGAUAUCACCGAAUGUGCCAAGUAUGAUGUCCCGCUGUAUGGAUGCAAAACGCCUCAGGUGUGUGUGAGCGAAUGUCCCAACGAGAACUUUCGCUUCGAGCAGCAAUACUGCAAUCCAUCGACGCUUAAAACACUCCAAUCGAAGCUGAUCUGCGAACAUACCGUUCACAAGGAUCAACUCAGCUGUGAGGAUAUUCAGGUCUACAUCGAUAGAGGGCGGUGCGCUAAGUAUUACCUCAAAAGUGUUCCUUUCGCGAAGCGAUGCAUCUCCGAUCUUCCGGACACCGAGUGUCCGUACAUUCCACCGAGGAUACUGAAACAGUAUCAACUGUCAGCGACUCCUGACAGCACACGCGGACGAGGUGGCGGUAAACAGACUUCGACCGAAACGCAGGUCUGCGCCAUUCAGCGAAGGUUGGGCCGAGAGCUGCUGGUCGAACGAAUGACCAAACUGCAGUCCUACUUUUCCCGCUAUGUCGAUAAUCUGUUGUCCCACGUCACCAAUAACACUAAUGUCCACCAGACCGGUCAGAUGGUCGUCGAGGACAUUCUCGAGACCUGGAAGCUUGUCAUCAUCUUCAUGUUGCUCUCACUGCUGGCCAGUUUAAUAUUCAUCACCAUGCUCCGAUGGAUAGCGAAACCCAUGGUUUGGAUUUCCAUACUGGGUGUGAUCGCUGCUCUGUGCUAUGGAGUCUACUAUAGCUACAGUCAGUACAGCUACAUCCGAGCGCAUCCGGUGGAGAGUCACAUUAAUGUGUCGCCAAAUCUGAGUUCACUGUUCGAAUCGUGGUUCAAAUCGGACCGAACAUGGCUGUGGAUACUGGUAAUUCUCUCGAUCAUCUUGGUAGUGCUUUUGCUGGUGGUGCUGGUACUCCGCAAGCGGAUCGUCAUCGCUAUUGCCCUGGUGAAGGAAGGAAGCAAAGCGGUGAGCGCCAUUUUCUCCACGGUGUUCUUCCCCAUAAUCCCUUGGGUCCUGCACAUUCUGGUAAUAGUGUUUGCAGUCGCAGUGGGUUUGUAUCUAGCGUCAAUUGGAGAGCCAGUCCACAGGGUGUAUGGCCUAAAUAGUUCGACCACGUGCGUUUGCAACAACGGUUACAAGGAUGGGGAUAUUUGCGAUCCAAUUGUGUUCAAUGACCAUUGCCACAAUAGCGUUUUGAGAGACAAUUCUGGACGCUGUAUGGAUGCGGCAUGUCAUUUUCAGGAAAUACACAGCCCCAAAGAAGUUGGAUACUUCCAUGCAAUCAAUGUGGUUGGCUUCUUCUGGGGCAUCUGUUUUGUGUCCGCCUUCGGCGACAUGGUUUUGGCUUUCACUUUUGCCACAUGGUACUGGACAUUCCACAAGCGAAAUUUACGUUUCUUCGUACUAACGACUGGCUUCAUGCGAACGGUCCGGUAUCAUCUGGGAACACUUGCUGUUGGGGCACUAAUCAUCGCAAUCUGUAAGAUCAUCCGAGCGAUGCUGGAGUAUAUUGACCACAAGUUGCGAAAAUUCGACAACGGAGUCGUCAGAGCGGUGCUCUGCGUGUGUAAAUGCUGCUUCUGGUGUUUGGAGAAUUUCCUCAAGUUUUUGAACACCAACGCGUACAUCAUGUGCGCCAUUCACGGGAAGAACUUCUGCUCCAGUGCGAAGGAUGCGUUCAGUCUGCUGGCCAGAAACGUGCUGCGAGUGAUCGCACUGGACAAGGUGACCGGGUUUUUGUUCUUCCUGUCGAAGCUGCUGUUGGCUUGUGGAAUGGCAGCCGUGACGUAUGUCUUUUUUGACAGCGGAAUCACACCGUCGCUGCAUUUCCCGCUUGUACCCGCCAUUCUGGUGUUCAUUGGAACCUACGUGAUCGCGUCGGUGUUCUUCAGCGUGUACUCGGUGGCCGUCGAUACGCUGUUUCUGUGCUUCCUGGAAGAUUGCGAACGCAACGAUGGCAGCGCGGAGAAACCCUACUUCAUGUCGAAGAAUCUGAUGAAGAUUCUAGGCAAGAAGCAAAAAUUCAUCACCAACCGCUAAUGAGGUCCAGUCGCCAUACCAGAAAUACCCAUCGAUUCUCCUCCAAAGCUUUUGUAUAUCAGAGGUAUUCAUCGAGGCCAAAGCAGAUCAAGCGAAAUGUAAAAAAAAUCACAAAAACAAAUGUGCAAGCGAACGCAAAGAAUGGUGCAAUCGGAGAAACAGUAGAGCUUUUCUGAGACAGAGAGAAAAGGGUGCAAGACUUACUAUUAUCACACACUAUUUAAACACAAGCAUAAUGUGAGAAAAAGAAAAUUAAGUUUAGUGUAUCGUAUUUUAAAAGAAGCAAAGCUGAGAACUGUAGAGUUAUUGGAAUUUCUUUAAAAAAAACAAGUAAUGUUAGGAAUACGUAUUUUUAUAAUUAUUUAUAUAUUAGUAACGGUAAGGACAGUGAUGUUUCCGAAAGUUGUUGUAGGAACGAAGGAUGGUGCAGCAGGUAGGGUUUUUGAAAGUUUGAUGAACUACGUUGUUGAGGGGAUCUGAACCGAUUGUGAUUGACUGCUAUGACAUUGUGGUUGUAUUAAGCAAUGAAAAGGAUAUACCUCUGCAAGCCCUAUUUUUGAAUGUUCUCAAAUAUUAAUCAACUCACGUGUGCACUUUUCUGCAGAAAUAAUGCAGAAGAUAAAUAUUUGUAGUUGUAUUUCAAAAACCAGAAAUUACACAAAAAUAAUGAAUUGUGCAUUUCAUA